CAAAGAUGUGUACAAAUCUUUACAAAAUAUUAGAAAGUGUGUUGACCUUGUUGUGGAUGAAACCCACUGUGUUUUAGAUUGGGGCAAUGACUUCCGUCCAGUAUUCAAGGAAAUUAAACUGUUAAGGGCAGUACUUCCAGAUGCAAAGGUGUUAGUUCUAUCUGCAACAGUGUCUGUGAAUGGUCUCUGUGACAUUUUAAAAGCUCUGGGAAUGAACAACCCAGAAAUAGUGAAAACAUCACCAGCAAGAGAUAACAUAUCGCUAAUUGUCCACGCAAGGACAGGUAGGAAGGAAUCAGCUCACACAUCAUAUGAAUUUAUCUUCCAGAACAUUUUCAGUGAGCUAAGGAUAAAAAAGGAAGAAUACCCUGUCACAUUGAUUACUGUGUGGGAAUCAAUUGGGUUGGGUAUGGAUAUGAGGUAACACAGCGUAUACUGGGAGAGGAGAUGUAUGUUGGUAGUCGUAGCUCAGAACAUGCCAGAGUAGUCAUGUUCCAUUCUUCAGUCAGUAGAUACGAAGAGACUAAAUCAGUCAUAUACAACAUCUCCAAAAAUCCUGAAGAAUCCCCACUGAGAGUUGUUCUAUCCACUGUUGCAUUGGGCAUGAGGGCUGACCUAAGACACGUAAAAACAGCUAUUCAUGCAGGUCCACCACAAAACAUUGAAGCAUACAUUCAGCAAAUAGGCAGGGCAGGCAUAAGUGGGAUACAAGCUGAAGCUGUUCUGUACUUCAACAACUCAGACUUAGGUCACCCUUCCAUUAAGAAAACAAUGAAAGAGUAUUGUAGAAAUUCAGAAUGCAGAAGGAAAAGUCUUAAUAUGUACUUUGGAUGUGACAAUGAAAACUGUGCUCUUUCACAAUGCUGUGAUGCCUGUCACCUUGACUUAAAGUUGCAGUGGACAUUUGAUGCAAUUCUAAGCAGCAUGCAGAAAGCUGUUUUACGCGAUAAAUUAGUACAGCUUUUAUCUGACAUGAAUUGUGUGCUUGAGCCUUUCAUUGUAGAGAGAAUUAUUUUCGAUGCACAUUUAUACAAUAGCCCAUCUUUACUUGUAUCAGAGUUUGGAUUACAAGAAGUAUUUUCAGUCAGAAUAACCAGUAUGUUGACCUCAUUUUUGUAAAAUUGUAAAAAAAAAAAAAAAUUAAA